AUGGCGUCCACCAUCGCGAGAAUGCGGCCCGUGGCCCGGGUUGGGAGUCAAGCGAGAUAUUUCAGCUCUUCGCUAAGGCUGGAUGCCGCCGCAAAGGUGCAGCGACUUGGAGUUAUCGGCGCAGGCCAGAUGGGUCUGGGAAUUGCGCUCGUGGCCGCUCAGAAGGCUCAGGUCCCGGUCACUGUCGUUGACACGUCCGAGGCAUCCCUCAAGAGGGGCAUUGCAUUUGCAGAGAAGCUCCUGGCCAAGGACGUGGCCAAGUCGAGAAUCACACAGGAGCAGGCGGACCACGCCCGGUCCCUUCUGACGCCGGCCAGCUCGCUCGACAAGCUGUCGGACGUGGACUUUGUCAUUGAGGCUGUGCCCGAGAUCCCCAAGCUAAAGUUCGACAUCUUUGCGCAGCUGGCCGAGAUCUGCCCCAAGCAUGCCAUCCUUGCCACCAACACGUCGUCCAUCUCCAUCACGAGCAUCGCCGCCGCGACGACCAAGAACCCGACGGAUACGUCGGCAAGCUCCCGCGUCGUGUCGACCCAUUUCAUGAACCCCGUGCCGGUGCAAAAGGGCGUCGAGAUCAUCAGCGGCCUGCAGACGAGCCAAGACACGCUCGACACGGCAAUUGAGUUUUGCAGGGCCAUGGGCAAGAUCACGUCCGUGUCCGCGGAUUCGCCUGGCUUCUUGGCAAACCGGAUUCUGAUGCCGUACAUCAACGAGGCUGUCAUCUGCCUCGAAACGGCGGUCGGCGACCGCGACUCGAUCGACGCCAUUAUGAAGAACGGCACCAACGUGCCCAUGGGACCCUUGCAGCUCGCUGACUUUAUUGGGCUUGAUACAUGCCUGGCCAUCAUGAAGGUCCUCCACGAGGAGACGGGCGAUUCCAAAUACCGACCUAGCGUGCUGCUGCGCAAGAUGGUCGAUGCCGGGUGGCUGGGUAAGAAGAGCGGCAAGGGUUUCUACGACUACUAG